ACAGUGUCAUCAAUGGGCGCGCGCGCUGCCCGGUGUGUGUAGACGGCUGCACGUGAAUCAGCGUGAUGGCCAGCAGCUCUGAUGUGGUGAGGAAAGUCAUGCGGUUCAAACUCCAGCUCACAGGCACAGCAGAGUCUGCUACGGUUCUAAAAAUCUUGCAGAAACUCAAGGAUCUGGAUAUCACACUAGACGUUCUUGCAGAAACUGGAAUCGGCAAAACGGUUAACUCCUUGCGCAGACACGAACAGGCUGGAGAAUUUGCCAAGUCGCUAGUUAGAGGUUGGAAAAAACUGGUCCCUAAGGAGUUCUCAAGCCACACGGAAGAUGGGGACGUGUCAGAGACUAUGUCUGUCAAAGACAAACUGGACGACCAAAACUGUCCAAAUACUGUAAGUUUGACAGCAGAGGAUUCAAACAAUAACUGCUCUCAUAGCAAGAGUCAGGACUCUUCAGAUGAGGCCCUCUUCAAGUCGGGGAACAGGAAAGCCGAUUCAGAGAAACAACGGUGUGAAGAACAGAAAGGAAAAAAGAAUGAAAUUAAAGAAAAAAGUCACCAAGAAAACCAGAAUAUCUUUCAGAGAGACCUCUUGGAAAAUAAAUAUGAAGAGGAUAAAAUAGACGAUUCAUUUGUUUCCAAGAAGAAGAAAAAUGAUCAUAGUGACAGAAAAUCAGGAGACAGUGAUACUUUGCUUGGGAACAAAAACUCAGAGGACACUCAUCCGAGAUUCAGGUCUGAUUCCAGGGAAAAACUGAAAUGCAACUUUGAUGGUGGAAGAUUUGGGUUAGAAAAAGAAUCAAAUAAGAAAUCAAAGCCAUCCAAAGAAUCAUCGAAGGAAGGCAAAGAAUCUUUUUCAUCUGAGUCCAGUGACAAGUACUCAAAAACAUUAAAACAGGCCAGUGUCAGAGAUGACGGAUCUUCAGGAAUAUCAAGGAACUCAGAGGCCCAAAGGAGAGAGAGGGAAAAAACAAGUAGAGAGAGGCAAGUUGGUCUUAAACACAAACAAGAGUCUGACAAUAAGGGACAUUCAAAAGACAAAAGCAAAAAGGCCAAAAUGAAACCCAGAGACAAGGAAAGUGACAGUGACCAAGAGGAGCCCUCCAAGUCUUUUGAAUCGUACUUGAACUAUGAUGUGAGUGUUUUCAAGAGAAAAGAACGAUGUGGAGUGAAGAAACCUCCCAAAAAAAUCAAGACUGUAGUAAAAGAGGGAGCAACAAAAGAUCCCGGCACGAAACCUUUCAAGUCACCUGUGAUGUCUUUAAAUUUUAGCCCUGCAAAAGAGAAGUUUCAGGAGUCUGUGAUGGACCUGAUGAGCUUUCCUUUACCUGCUGUUCUGCCUGAAUGUCAAAAGCCAUCCAGUUUUCAGUACUUUGAUAGGAAAGUUGAGAAGGAGUCUGAUUUCUGCGACGUCUCCGAGGAGUCUGCCAUCUUCACCGGUCAGCGACUUAACAGGAAGAUGCAAGUGUACUCUGGCGCCAAGACCGUCUUCCUCCCAACCAUGAUGAGCUUGUACCAACAGUGUAUCCGAACACUCCAGAACAAUAUUAACUUGCUUCACGAAACUGGUGGAGUCCCGUUUGAAAUCCUCGAGCCAGUGUUGGAGAGGUGUACACCAGAGCAGCUGCUACGCAUUGAAGAAUGCAACCCAAUCUACGUUGGAGUGACAGACCACUUAUGGGGGAAACACUGUCAGAGAGACUUCAAAGAUUCCAGACUUCAGGAGUAUGAAUCAUGGAAAGAGAUGUACAUCAGGCUGUCUGAGGAGAGGGAAAGGAAACUCCAAAGAUUGACAAAAAGCAUUGUUUCGGCACAUUCUAAGAAACCCAAAGGUCGGCAGGUGAAGAUGGCAUUUAUUCACACUGUUGCCAAGCCACCGAGAGAUGUUCGAAUUCAGCAGGAAAUUCAUGGAACUGCUGUUCAGCAGCCUCAUCAGCUCAGGUGCAGUGUCAAGGUUCAGGACAACAGAUUGAGGCCCAGUUGUAAUGAGCCCAGCAGGUCCAGCAGCUCCAGUUCAGGGGGAAGCAAUACACAAGACCCCCGCAAAAAAACAAGAGUUGCUCCAAUGAUGGCAAAGUCUUUAAAGGCAUUUAAGAAACAGCUGGGACGCAGAUAAAUGCUCUUGCUAUCGAUCUUCCUAUUUACAGUGUGAGGAUGAGGGAAAAGUGCACUCUAUUAUUGAUUAACAUUGGACAAUACAAGGCCUGAGUUCACCUUUGAUUAUUCUGUGUUGUUUGUCUUAAUAUACAGGCGAUUGCCAUGUUUUUUUCUCUAUAACUGUGAAUUGUCUUCACUAUUAAAUGGACAAUGAAGUCAGCAAAUUCACUUGA